ACUGCCCGCGGGAGCCGCCGCCGCCGCGCCCGCCAUGGACGUCCGCCUGUACCCCUCGGCGCCCGCGGUGGGCGCACGGCCCGGGCCCGAGCCGGCCGGCCUGGCGCACCUGGACUACUAUCACUGCGGCAAGUUUGAUGGUGACAGUGCCUACGUGGGGAUGAGUGACGGCAACCCAGAGCUCCUGCCAACCAGCCAGACCUACAGCAGCCAGAGCGAGAACAACGAAGACUAUGAGAUUCCCCCCAUAACACCGCCCAACCUUCCCGAGCCAUCACUCCUGCAUCUGGGGGACCACGACGCUGGCUACCACUCUCUGCGCCACGGCCUGACGCCCAACGGUCUGCUCCCUGCCUACUCCUACCAGGCCAUGGACCUCCCCGCCAUCAUGGUGUCCAACAUGCUGGCCCAGGAUGGCCACCUGCUGUCAGGCCAGCUGCCCACCAUCCAGGAGAUGGUCCACUCGGAGGUGGCUGCCUAUGACUCAGGCCGGCCCGGGCCCCUGCUGGCCCGCCCAGCGAUGCUGGCCAGCCACAUGAGUGCCCUCAGCCAAUCCCAGCUCAUCUCCCAAAUGGGCAUCCGCAGCAGCAUUGCUCACAGCUCCCCGUCCCCCCCAGGAAGCAAGUCGGCCACCCCCUCUCCCUCCAGCUCCACCCAGGAAGAGGAGUCGGAAGCGCAUUUCAAGAUUUCAGGAGAGAAGAGACCGUCAGCUGACCCAGGAAAAAAGGCCAAGAACCCAAAGAAGAAAAAGAAGAAGGACCCCAAUGAGCCUCAGAAGCCUGUGUCAGCCUACGCGCUCUUCUUCAGAGACACUCAGGCCGCCAUCAAGGGUCAAAACCCCAGUGCCACCUUUGGAGAUGUGUCCAAAAUCGUGGCCUCCAUGUGGGACAGCCUGGGAGAGGAGCAGAAGCAGGCCUACAAGAGGAAGACCGAAGCAGCAAAGAAAGAGUACCUGAAAGCUUUGGCAGCCUACAGAGCUAGCCUAGUCUCCAAGAGCCCCCCAGAAGGUGAGACCAAGAGCACACAGGCCAAUCCGCCAGCCAAGAUGCUCCCGCCCAAGCAGCCCAUGUACGCCAUGCCUGGCCUGGCCUCCUUCCUGACGCCCUCCGACCUACAGGCCUUCCGCAGCGGGGCCUCUCCCGCCAGCCUCGCCCGGACGCUGGGCUCCAAGGCUCUGCUGCCCGGCCUCAGUGCUUCUCCACCUCCCUCCUUCCCGCUCAGCCCCUCGCUCCAUCAGCAGCUGCCACUGCCCCCACACGCCCAGAGCGCCCUCCUCAGCCCGCCUGUGAGCAUGUCCCCCGCCCCCCAGCCUCCGGUCCUGCCCGCCUCCAUGGCACUCCAGGUACAGCUGGCCAUGAGCCCCUCGCCCCCAGGGACACAGGAGUUCCCACACAUAGCUGAGUUCCCCGGCGGCUCCGGCUCCCGCUCUCCUGGCCCGUCCAACCCCACGAGCAGCAGUGGGGACUGGGAUGGCAGCAGCUACCCCGGCGGGGAGCGAGGCCUUGGCACCUGCAGCCUGCUUCCCAGGGAUAAAUCACUCUACCUCACCUAAUCCUGCCUCCCUCUGCCCCGGAGGCUCACUGGAGGGCUGAAGAGCUGCCCACAGGAGUUCGGCUGUGGCAGCAGACGGGGUGACCAGCCAGCCCAGAGCCGUGAGGCGCCAGUGCCCCAGGGCUGAGUCUCUUCCUCCACGUCCCAUCAGCCUCUGCGGAGGCAGCCUGCCGCCUACUGCCAGCCCAAAGAACCUGCAGGAACCUUCUGCCCGCUGACCUGCUUGCUCCAGGGUAGCUGUGGACCCCGCUCCCUGCCCUGUACCCUAUGUCUGGAUGUCUGGCCCCAGCCUGGGCUCCUUGAGAGCUGCCCGAUCCCUGGCGAGGUCGUUUAUCCACAGAAACCCACCCCAGAUGUAGGGCGGGAACCUGGCCAGCCCCAGGCGUGCAAAUACGGUUUCCUGUUACUCACUGUGAGAAAACGUUCAGAACCGUGGGCUUCGUGUAAGUAGCUACUAAGUGUUUUAGACCUGUGCUGAAGGCAUCGUGGGGAUAUUUUGUCGGGGGGAAGACAAGUAGUUUCCUUUAAGGUUAAAAAGCAUUUUCUAUGACUCUUCUUCGCACAGUGGGUUGUUAUUUUUUUUUAAGUUUUUUCUUAAGGGAGACAUAUGCACAAGCAGCUGUCCAACUGAAGCUACGUUAUCAGUGCAGUGAGAGAGGAGCGGACAAUUUCUAGCCCCAUUCAGAGGCAUUGCCCUUAUUAUUUCUUAAACCAUGUGCCCAUCUAUUUAAGAUUGCCAGUGCCGAUUCUGGUUUUGUUUUUGUUUUUGUUUUUUAGUCAUGUAUUUAUGAAGAAAACAUGAGAACAGAAUUGCAGUUGA